AUGGCGACGACUGUGACUAGGCGGUGGUGGAGGCGGCGUGACGGCGGGAACAAUGACCCCGACGACCUUGCCCCCAUGGACACCCAAGAGCAAGAGGAGUUGGUUCGGAUGCUGGAGGCGAAGCAGAUCCACCGUUGGAGGCGCAUCUUCGCAGGGUUCCUCCUAGGUUACGCGGCCUUCCUUGUCUACUCCAGUUUCCACCAUGCUUGGUCUCCCUGGGAGCUGCGGUACCAUGCUUACUUCAUGGAAGAUUUGCCUGCUCCAAUGGUCAUAAUUGCAGAUUGGAUAGCUGCUCUAGCAUGCCUAUUUGAUAUUAAAGAAAUACUACAGAAUUCAGGCCCAUCAAAGAAGUGGAUGUCGUACUCGUGCUAUAUUGGCAUUUUGGUAGCCAUCUUUUGGACAUACUACAUCUUGAGGUUGCCAAGAAUUCGAUGGGAUGUUGCAUGGCUCCCACUCGGCCCUUUGAUGUAUGAUGAACUUGAAUCUCUCUUAAAUCUUCUUUCAGCAGCUACUCAUGAAUAA